AUGUCUUCAUCUCUGACCGGCAAAUCCGCCCAGCUGCUCAACGCAGCAGUCCGCUUCUACACUGCCUACAAGGACACUACGGGUGGCAAGGCCAUCCUUAUGGGAGGCGCCGCAACCAUCCUUCUUGGAAACACUGAACGUCACACAAAGGACCUCGACUUCAAUGUGUCGAGAAUGACUCACAAGGACGUAGCCUCCCUUAAUAAUAGGGGUAUAUACGUGCGCCCCACACGUGACAAUCGCUUCGCAGCCACCAUCCCAGAAAGCACGGCGGGUGCCAAGGACGCCAUUAGCAUUGACCUUGCCGUCAAAUCGAACAUAGACGACCUCCUGCAGUUCACUGAAGACAUCCACGGCGUCCGUGUCGCCGACGAGCGUCUUCUUAUCGUAGACAAGAUCAUUUGCCUCCCGCAACGCCAUAUAUCCGCGACUCAAAAAAUUGGAAAACGACUAUGCGGACGUCAUUUGGUGUGCUAG